AUGGAAGAAAGAAUUGACGUAAGAGAAGAACCCGGUGACAGACAUGGCUCAGUUCAUUACGUUUCAAGUGACGAUUAUAUUUACAGUAAAGAUCGUGGAAGGAAGGAAAUGGUGUAUUUUAAAUGUCGACAUUUCGAAAGACUUUCUUGCGGUAGCAGAAUGAAAUCCGUUGACGGCGUUUUUUACAAAACUGGACGGGAGCACAAUCAUGGCCCUGAAACACAAGAAUUGCGCCGGAUUGCUGCAGUCAACGAAUGUGUUCGCUUGGCUGGAAAACGUCACGGAAGUCUGAAAAAAAUUUUCGAGGAAGUCCGUCAACGCACCAAUGUCACGUUGACUUUUGACGCUGCGCUUGAAAAGCGCAUGCAAGUUGCUCGUAUGAAAAACCAUCCACGUAUACCAGAGACAUAUGCAGAGAUGACGGAUAUUCUCACCAAAUAUUCGAAAUACGGGAAAACCAAAAAGGGUCACAAUUUUUUCAGUGGAUGCGUCGAAGAGGAGACCGAUGGCGUUAGAUCGUUUGCUUUUAUCUUCUUGUCCUUGAACAUUAUGUCACUGCUUUCCGAGGUGACACAACUUGCUUCCGACGGCACCUUUCGUAGCUCACCAAGUAUGUUUCAGCAGCUAUUCACCAUCCAUCCUGCUAUUCUUAGUUCCAUGGGCAGUGCAUUUCCGAACGCCAGACCGCGCGGUUGCUGGUUCCACUACGGACAAGCAAUCUUCCGGAAAACGCAAGUGUUUGGCCUUCAGCAGGAAUAUCAGAAAAAGGGGGUUGUUUACCUUAUCGUGAAGCAAUUAAUUGCGCUCGCCCUCUUACCGGAGAACGAAAUCUUCCAGGGAUUUUCGGAUAUCAAAAGAAAAUAUGCGGAUGAACUUUCCAACCAACCCCAAGUCGUCCAAGAUGCCGUCAAGUUACUCUAUGCUUACUACAUGAAUUAUUGGCUUCUUGAAGUUGAACCGGUAACAUACAGCGUCUAUCGUGACCACAAUCGAACAAACAACGCCAUCGAAUGCUGGAACCGUUGGUUCAACGAGCGCGUCCUAGUUGCUCAUCCUGGUUUCUUCGAGUUCAUGACUUUUUUGAUUGACGCCAAUGACUGCUCUAAACGAGAUUUGGAAGGACUAAGAAGGGGCUUGAGUUUAUCCCGCGAUAAAUCUGCUUCUUACCGUACAGUCGAUAGAAAGUUGAUGAAACUUUGGGAAGAGUUAGAUGACAAAACCAUAUCCCGUGUUCUUUUUCUGGAAUUGGCCUCUAAUUUCUUUGAACCUGAUCGGACAUUGCCACGUCCCACCUUUGACACCACUAGAGCUCCGGCAAGACCAAGGAAUCGCCAAGGGCAGCAACGACUUCGAGCUGGAGCAGCACAGCCGAGGACUAAUAGAGCCAGACCAGCAGCUCCUGCUCCAGAUGCUCCUGCUUUGCCACAGCAAGCCGUGUCGCAAGAGCAAUCUUUGACACCACUGGCUGCGCCAGUAGCACCUCCACGAACUCGACGAAACGCCACUCGACCCGCAAUCACUGCAACGGCUGCGGAACCCAUUGCUAAUUCCACGACUUUCGAGCCCAUCGCUUCUACUUCAUCGAAUAACCGUUCGAAAAGAAGAGUCGACAUCGAUGUUAGUGACAGUAGCCGCCCCAAGCGCAUCUGUAGAAUGCCUACUCGUUUUAAUGAUUUUGCUGUUUCGGAGCACCCAUCGACUUCUGCAGACAAAUCACGAACUUCACCACGUCAAUCUCCUGUCUCAGAGCAAAUUAGAAUAUACUGUCGAAGUAGUCUUGCAUUUCUUGUCGAAAUAUGUCGCCACCUGUCGAAAGAAAGUCGAAUAGGUGUCGAUGUAAAGUUUUGUCGGGCGAACGUCAGCAUCCCCCUAGUUCGGAAUCUUUUGAAGCAAACAAGUCGUGGAAGUCAUUUAGUAAUUUAG